UAGUUUAAAUCAGUGACUUAAGUUGUCUUUGCGAAGUGCCUGUCAGUUGAACUGCUUGGUUGUAGCACCGUUACAUUGAUCAAGACGGCAAUCCUUUGCUGACUGGUAUAUGCAAGAGACAACCGUCUACAAAACUCUACUACAGAAUGUCCACUAGACAUACCAUGGGGAAGCUUGUUGUUGUUGUGUUGUUCUGCUUCCUUCUGGGGAUUCACUACAUUGCUAAGGCUGACGGCAGUUCGAUAGUUUCUGAGGCAACAGACAGGGACCGCUUGUGGGAGGCGUGGAAAUACUGGCACGGAAAGACUUACUCAACACAAGAUGAAGAAAAAACGAGAAGAACCAUCUGGGAAAAGAACAUGGACGCCAUCUUUGCCCAUAAUGCAGCGGGGAAUAGUUAUACUUUGGCCAUGAACAAAUAUGGCGACCAGGUAAAACUUCCCAGCAAUACAAAUAUAAUCGCAAACGAAGAAUACUUGGAUCGAAAGCGUCAUCCCGUUGCCAUGGGAACGUGUGGAGUGACCACGCCCCCUUCCUCCCUAGACUGGCGUACGAAGGGAGUGAGUACAGGUGUGAGGGAAGAGGGCCAGACUGGGAAGGUCAUGCCUUUUGUACUCACAGAGGCCCUGGAGUGCUACCACGUCAUCAAGACCGGUCAGUCCGUCCAGUUGAGUGUCCAGGAGGCCAUGGACUGCUGCAGUGAUUCUACACUAGCCUCCGGGUUCGACUGCAUCAUCCACCGGACCAAAGGGCUCUGCACCGCCGCCGACUACCCGAGACAACCCGCUGGGAACUGUAACGCCUUCUUCUGUCACGCUGCAGCAACUUGUAAGGCUACUGGUCACGUCAUCAAGAACAAUGAGACUGAUUUGAUGUGCGCGGUUACCAUGACACCCACGGUGGUAGGUAUAGACGCCAGUCAGACCUCCAUGGCGUUCUACAGGUCCGGCAUCUACCACGACUCCCGCUGCUCGACCUCUGACCUCAACCACGCCCUUCUCGUGGUGGGUUACGGGAGUUCUGGAGGAGUUGAUUACUGGAUCUGUCAAAACACCUGGGGUACAGACUGGGGCCUGGCAGGCUACAUACUCAUAGAGAGGGGGAAGAACAUGUGCGGCAUCGCCUCUCAGGCUUUCUACCCGAUCUAAACAAAUGAACAUGCAUGUAUACCAAAUACGAAUAUACGAACAGUAGUGAAACAACAAAGAGGGGCGAGUAGAACAGAAAGAAACAAUAUAUACAAAUACCCAGUGACUGACCCGGGAAUCGAACCCGGGUCCUCCAGAUCACAACACUAGUCGUCUAACUGAGUGAGCCAAAAGCCUGACAGGCAUUUGGCAAGGUCAGUUUCCGCUACUAGAACCCCCCACUGUUACAGUAGACACCGAUUUCUUUUCUGCACUUUGUAAAUAUCGUUAUAGAAAAUGAUUCAAUUAUGUGGAUGUAUUCUCAUUGGCAUUACCGCAUACGCUUUGAUAUAUUGAGAAGACGUACGCAUAUUAUAAAAAAGAGACGUUAAGGCAGCAUCAAUAUUAAUACUAUAAUAUUAAUUCCACAGAUGUGCCCAAGAUCUUGUUGCGACAUCUAUAUAUUUUCCCAUGCUUGUUAUGUUAUGUCAACAUAACAAUAUAUUGUAUUACUAAAUAAAGAAAGAGAAAGUGAAUCUCUUCAAACUGUAUAUGAUAGAGUAAAUCAUUUAGUGAUGAAGAGCAGAUGGACGACGUAUCAAAUACGAAAAUCAAAUCGAAAGAAGCGAUAUCCUGAUUUAUAAGACACUAUGUAAGACUGCUGUAAAUACCUUGGGUACCCGAGCCUCCAAUCCGGAGUGGCCGCUGG